AUGCAAUCUCUGACUCCCUUGCCGAACAUAGCAGAUAUGAAUCUGAAGAUAACUCAUGUAGAAUGUCAUCCUGAAUGCUUGGUUAUAGUGUUCCAGGGUCAACACAAGGCAGGACAUGAGCUUGACUAUUACAUACUACAAAAUGAAAUAGAACGUGUGCCCAAAGUAAAGGGUGAUUUUUAUGUUGGUGGAUACUGCUUGGUGGAAGACAUAGAAGGAAAAUGGCAUAGAGGAAGAAUUCGGGAAAAGAGAGAGAAUAUCUGGGAGGCUUUUCUUAUAGACACAGGACAAGUGCUAGCGGUUGAGGAUACACAUCUUGCUGCUGCUUGUGAUGAAUUGUUUCAGCUGCCUCCGAAGUUGGUUUUGGGUGUUUUUGCAAGCAUACUUCCUCUUGGAGAAAAGUGGGGUCCAAAAGCCAUUAACUAUUUUUCAUCUUUGGUAGGUUUACAAAUUACAGGUCAUCUGAAAGCUGUUGUACCAUAUCAGCUGUUUAUUCUUGAGGUGCCAAAGAUCAUUAGUGAUGUUCUUGAACUGCAGUUAGGAAAAUGUAUUGAUGGAGAUUCAUUUUGUCUUAUUGUAGAAACGUUAAGAGCAUUUCCCCAAGAAAUACUUUGUAACAGAGUGCCACAAUUAUUGCAACAGAAGUAUCCAGUCAAGGGGUUGCUUACUUUCAGUAAUUCUGAGAAACCAACAGAUUUUUGGCAAGUUCCAAAUGACCUCUUUCCACGUCUACCUGUUGGUAGUAAAGAAAAUGUGAAAAUAACUGUUGCAGUAAGCCCAAAUAGAUUUUACUGUCAGAUACAGAAGUGGCAGAAAGAGCUGGAAGAUUUGACGGGAGCUAUGCGUUUGUACUAUGAAGCUGCCAGCACAGAAAAUACUAAAUGUUUUGAUAGUUUAGGGCUACUGUGUGCUGCCAAAAGGCAAAAUGGACAGUGGCAUAGAGGAGUGAUAAAACAGCUUCUCUCAGACCACGUGGAAGUCUGGUUUAUGGAUUUUGGCAAUGUUGAAGCUGUGCCACCUAGUUGUGUUCGGAAACUUGAAGUAGAGUUCAUGGCAUUACCAAUGAUUUCGUUUCCAUGUGCACUAUCUUGUUUUGGUACUCAGGAUGAAAAAGUAAUAAAGGUUCAGCUGAAAGAGCUUAUGCAGGCCUUGAUAGGACAAACUUCUCUGUGUGUCCAUGUUGACUUGUUCAAUGACAUUAAACACUUGUAUUAUGUUACACUGAAAAAUCAGAAUCUUGGAAAUCAUGCUAAGCAUCCAGAAAACCUGAAUGAAGUAGCUGCAUCGUGUGUCUCGCUUGUGGACACGGAAAUCACAAGUAUUGCUGUAAACUGCAAGCCAUGUGAUGAGAAACACAAUUCAUUUAAGAAUUGUACUGGAAAUAAGCAUACAAAAACCUACUUACCUGAAUGGGAUAUGUCUUUGUUAAGCCGCUGCAAAAGAGUAGAAAUGCAAAUUAAUUCUUUCUAUACUGCUUUUGUGGUAUAUGUCAUAAAUCCAUCUGACUUCUGGAUUCAAAUUUGUAAAUAUCAGAAUGAAUUUGAAACAUUGAUGAAAAAUAUUGCAGAUGCCUAUAACCAAUGUGGAGCUGAUGAAAUGGUCCUUCAAAACCCAGAACCUGGAUUGCUGUGCUGUGCUCGGUAUAGCAAAGACAUGCAUUAUUAUCGGGGCGUGGUCACUGAAGUGCUUCAUGUAAACAUUACUGUUUAUUUUUUGGACUUCGGAAACACAGAUGUAGUACCCUGUUAUGAUGUGAAAGCACUGCUUCCUGAGUUUUCUGAUUUACCAGCUUUAGCUGUGUGUUGUGCGCUUGCUUGUACGUUUCCUGUUGACGAUGUGUGGGUUAAAAAGGAAACCGAUUUCUUCAAAGAAAUUGUGUGUAACAACCUACUCGUGCUUCAUGUCACUGGAAAACAAAACAACAAGUAUAUUGUUAAAGCGCAAUAUAAGAAUGGUUUGCAGCAAGGAGAUGUUGCCACGUGUAUGGUUCAAGCUGGGUAUGCUGAGUACUGGGAAAGGACACCACAUUCUAUGCUAAAUCUGGCAAAAAAAAGUCAAGCCCUGAAUCGCCACAAAUUUAAAAAAAAAAGAGUAAAUGCCCAGAAUAUCUCUAAUACUUGUAAAAAUAAGGUAGCCAGAAAUGGAGAGAGAUUUCAGAAGGAAAAAUCAUUAAGUGUCCCUUCAGUGCCGAGAGAUUCUGUUGUGCUUUCCUGUUUUGGAAAAGGCACUGUCUCUAAAAGGUGUGACUCCGUAUUUGAGCAAAAGUUAUUAUAUAAAGAGUUUGUGUUUAAACCAGGAGCUGUUUUUGAAGUGGUGUGUUCUUACAUUGUUUCCCCAGCAGAUUUUUCAUGUCAGUUGCAAAGCAAGCUGCUGGAGCUAAAUAAAUUAAUGGAACAAAUUCAGGCUUACUAUAAAGAGCAUAGCAGCCCUUACAAAUCUGGACAGGUUGCCUGUGUUGUUAAAUGUCCCAAAGAUGGGAAGUGGUACAGAGCAACUGUUGUGCGGCAGGUAUCCACAGACGAGGUUGAUGUGGUUUUUGUGGACUAUGGUUAUCGGGAAAGAGGUUUACUUAAAGAUCUUCGGGCUGUUCUUCCAGAUUUCCUAACUCUGGAAAGUCAAGCAUUUCGAUGUGCACUCAAAAAUGUACCCUUACCGGCUGACUCACUUAAUUGGUCUGAAGGAGUGCGUACACGUUUUGAAGACUUUAUUUCUGCUUCUGCAGGACCACUGACUUGCAUUAUUUAUGCGCUUAUUCUUAUAGGCCCCAACUGUUUCUGCCAUGUAGUUGACUUACAGACUCAGUUUGUCAGUGCAGAGGCAUUUCUCAGAGAACGUGGUCUCACUCAGUCUGAAUAUAUUGGUCUGAGAAACCUUGCGUCUUUGGGUUCUUUGUACAGUUUUUGCUACUCAUCUUUUAAUAUAGAAAUUGGAAGUGAAGAGGAGGUUUAUAUAACUCACAUAUCUAGUCCUUCAAAAUUCUAUUGUCAGCUUAAUCGAAACACUGAAACUAUAGAGGCAUUGAUGAAGACGAUUAAUGCCAUAAGUCAAAUGUCAAAUAAUGCCAAGUACGAUACCAGCAAUACGCGAUUAUGUAUAGCCAGAUAUUUUGAAGAUGGUCUCUUCUAUAGAGCUUUGGUUUUUCCUGUAAAAUCGACUUCCUAUCUGUGUGCUAACUUUGUGGAUUUUGGAAAUGAGAAUAUGGUAGAGAGAGACCAGUUGAUACCUAUUCCAGACUCUGCCACUGACUUAAUAUUCACACCCAUGCAAGCUAUUAAAUGCUGCUUGUCAGGUCUUAGGGAGACAAGAAUUCUACCUGGAGUUACUAGAUGGUUUGAGGAAACAUUCCUUGGUAAAAUGCUGAAGGCUGUAAUUGUAUCCAGAAAAUCAGAUGGACAAAUUGUUGUGGAGUUGUAUGAUGGACAGCUCAAAGUAAGUCAGAAAAUAAAAGAAAAAAUAUUGGAAGAAUUGUCACCACAAAAUUACAUGGAAAAAUGUCAUCUUUCAUGUGAUCUAUCAGCCCUUCAUUAUGUCCAAGAAAAAGAAAUUAAUAAAGUAACUGUUAAAAAUCCUGGAAGAGUUAAAUUGAAAACUGAAGAGAAAUGCCAAGUAUAUAAAAACUAUUAUCAGAGAGAUGUUGGGCAGGAUUUUGGAGGUGAAGAGCAAACCGCAUGUAGCACACAAAUGUUGGGUAGUGUGUCCUCAAAAGUGCUAACUUUACAGGACAGUGAAGAGCGAGGUUUUAGAAGUACUGUCAGUGCUGCUCUGGAGCACAGAGUGGAAACUCUGGUUGGAGACCCUGCUUCUCGCUCUCUCUGUCGUCCUACUUUAAAUUCAAAGGAAAUAACUAGGCAUGGAAACACACCAAAAUUAACCAGUCUUCCUCAACGUGAUAUUCAGGUGAAUUCUGAAGUGGUAGCGUAUAUUUCUCAUAUGAAUAGUCCAUCAAGUUUCUAUGUUCAGCUUGCAGAGGAUGAAAACUUAAUAAUACAACUAGCAGAAGAAUUAAAUGAAAGCAUGGUGAAUAUAGAUAAUAAAAAUUGCUUGGAUGAGCUAAUGGUAGGGGAUCUCCUUGUAGCAGAGUAUGACACUGAUUGUUUUUACUAUAGAGCAGUUAUUAAAACUGUGAAAUCAGGAAACUCCUUUGAGGUGCAGUUCAUUGACUAUGGUAAUGAAGCAGUUGUAAGUCCUUCAAAAAUCUGCAGGAUUCAGAAAAAGUUCUUAACUUUGCCAAGGCUCAGUGUUCAUUGUUUCCUUAGCAGAGUAAAAAGUGCUUUUGAUGAAAGCUGGACUAGCAAAAGCACUAACUGUUUUUUAAAUGAAAUAAAAAACAAGCCACUCAUUUGCAAGUUCUUACAGCAACAUGGAGAGCAGUGGGAAAUAGAUAUAACUUGUGAUAGAGAGUCUGUGUCUAUUGACCUUCUGCAGAAAAAAGGCACAGCAAGAUGGCAAAGCACGCCAAUGCAUAAUCCGGAAAAUCGCCCAAAACAAAUUUUGCUUACAAAUGAUGAUCCUCAAAAUAGGAAGUCUAGGAAUGAUUUAGGUGGUCAAGGUAAAACUGAGGCUGUUGGGAUGAAAAAUACUUCCAAAACACCCUUAAAUGUUCUUCCCCAUGAUCUUAAAUCUGGACAGGUAGAACGAGUAAAAGUAACUAAUAUUUCAGGGAGUGGAGAAUUUCAUGUACAGUUACUUAGAGAUUUGCAAGUGUUACGUAAGUUAAAUGUAAUGCUUGUAAAAGAAGCACAAAGACGUGAUUUGCUUAGAGUGGAUGGCAUCGAAGAAGGAUUGGAAUGCAUGACAAGAUCUGAAAGAAACUCGAAGUGGUAUCGAUCAAAAGUGAUAAAGAAAUUUGUCAGGGAGAAGUUAAUGAUAGUUUUUUUCAUGGAUUAUGGUAAGUGUGAGAUGGUGUCCUUAAAUAAUGCAAAGAUGGUCAGUGACAGGAUUAAAAGUAUUCCGAAACAGGCUGUGUUUUGUAGAUGGGUUUGGUUUAAAAACCUGAAGAAAUACCAUUUUGUCCAUGUGGUAAAUGCACUCCUGGAUUGUGAAGUAAGGAUUUUGUUUUUGAGAUAUUUGGAAUCCUCACGUAUCUGGGAAGUAGAUAUUUUAAUAGGGGAAAUUCUGCUUUGGGAGUAUUUGAACCAGCUCUUAAGUCAUCACUGGACUGGUUUUCGACCAGAAAAAUUCAGUAAUGCAGAUGGUAAGGAGUUUGAUACAUCAUUCAAGAUAAAUUCAGUCACGUGGAUGGUGAUGCAGAGUGGCAGAAGGUAUCCUGGGUUUGCAACUGCAGUUACUGAUCCUUCAAACUUCUGCAUCCAGUUUGAAGUCUUAUUUGAUUGCAUGAAAAACUUGUUUUUGCUGCUCUCUGACCUUCCUGACAACUUGCCAACACUGCCAGAAGAACUUGUGGUUCCUGGUGCUAGCUGUUUGAUCCAGUUUGGACUGGAAGCACAGUGGAACAGGGUGGAAGUUAGUAAAGUAACACAUCAGUCUGUUUUUCUUAGGUUUAUUGAUUAUGGCUUUCUGAGGAGUAUCCCUUACUCUGAUAUUCAUAAACUGAAAGUUAUUCCAGAAAGUCUGUCUGUCUUACCACGCUUGGCACACUCUUGCUCUUUACAUGAUACAGUUCCUGCCAGGGGGAAAUACUGGAGUGAUGAGGCUAAGCUUUUGUUUAAGAAGCUUCUUAGUAAACCGGGCCUGGUGUUUAAUUUUAAACACUAUGGAUCUGAAAUGAAAUUAGAGGUGGAUGUUCUGUAUGAGGAGAACAGUCUAGCCCAUGCCUUAGUUGCUGCUGGCCAUGCAGUCCACGCUGGACAUCGGUGCUGCCUCAUUCCAGUUGGCAGAAUUAAAUCAGAAAAAAGUUCUGCAGACUGA